ACACCUUACCACGCCUGCGCAAACAAAUACAAGAUGGCGGAGAGUGCGGAACUGAAGCAAAUGGUGAUGAGCCUGCGGGUGUCGGAGCUGCAGGUGCUGCUGGGCUACGCUGGGCGCAAUAAGCACGGACGCAAGCACGAGCUGCUGACCAAGGCUCUGCACCUGCUGAAGGCCGGCUGCAGCCCCGCUGUGCACAUGAAGAUCAAAGAGCUCUACCGACGACGCUUCCCUGCCAAAAUGGUAUCCCACUCAGAGCUGGCCAUGCCCGGGCCGCACCACCCAGCCACAGCUGGAAUGGUUGGAGGAGGGGGCGCCGCACUGCCCGCUGGCCUGACACAGCUGGCAUAUGAGGGUCACGCCGGUCACGGUGGAGCCCCGUCGCCCGCUGCCUUACUGCCCCUCUCACUGCUCGGCCCUGGGAAACACGAGUUGACCGGGCUGACGCACCACCUGUCCACCUCGGCCACGCUGCACCCGGUCCACCCAGAUGUCAAGCUCCAGAGGUUGCCCUUCUACGACAUGCUGGAUGAGCUCAUCAAGCCAACCAGUCUAGGUGAAGGCAUGUCAUCAGACAACAGCCAGCGAUUUCAGGAGACGUGUUUCGCCUUUGCAUUAACGCCACAGCAAGUCCAGCAGAUCAGCAGCUCCAUGGACAUCUCGGGGACCAAAUGUGACUUCUCAGUUCAAGUUCAGUUGCGGUUUUGCCUGUCGGAGACGAGCUGUCCUCAGGAAGACCAUUUUCCACCCAAUCUGUGUGUGAAAGUCAACGGGAAGCCAUGUAACCUUCCGGGUUAUCUUCCUCCAACCAAAAACGGCGUAGAGCCCAAGAGGCCCAGCCGGCCCAUCAACAUUACCUCACUGGUCAGAUUGUCCACCACAGUCCCCAAUACCAUUGUGGUGUCGUGGACCGCUGAGAUCGGACGGAGUUACUCCAUGGCAGUGUACUUGGUAAAGCAGCAGUCGUCCACAGUGCUGUUACAGAGACUACGGGCAAAAGGCAUCAGAAACCCAGACCACUCCAGAGCACUCAUCAAAGAGAAGCUAACAGCGGACCCAGACAGUGAAAUAGCCACGACCAGCCUUCGAGUGUCACUGCUAUGCCCGCUGGGGAAGAUGCGGCUGAUGAUCCCAUGCCGGGCGCUGACAUGCUCCCACCUGCAGUGCUUUGACGCCACGCUCUAUAUCCAGAUGAAUGAGAAGAAGCCCACCUGGGUGUGUCCUGUCUGUGACAAGAAGGCUCCCUAUGAGCACCUCAUCAUCGACGGGCUUUUCGUGGAGAUCCUCAACAGCUGCAUGGACUGUGACGAGAUCCAGUUCAAGGAGGAUGGCAGCUGGGCCCCGAUGAGGUCUAAGAAGGAAGUGCAGGAGGUCUCCUCUGCCUCUUAUAACAACGGGCUGGAUGGUUCAUGUCGGACGUCUGCAGGUUCAGACCAGCGGAGCUCCUCGUCGUCCAGCCACGGCGACAGCAGCAACAGCAAGAAAGUGGAGGUGAUCGACUUGACACUGGACAGCUCCUCAGAGGACGAAGGACAAGAUUCGCCUCCGCCGGCGCCACCACUGCCUCCUCCACCUAAAAGAGCGUGUCCCUCUAUGUCCCCGACCUCGCCGCCUGUCAUCAACAAAGGAGUGUUGAACCUACACCACCAGGCCUCUCCUGUGAGCCGUACUCCCAGCAUGCCAGCCGUGGACACCAGCUACAUCCCUCCUGUCCCCCCACUUAUCCAGGACUAUAGACCCUACUACCACACCCCCAACGAUCUGUCAGAGUUGAACUUCUUCUCUUUCCUUCAAGGUGACAAUCAUCAGCAUUACAACAUGGUGAUGGCAGCAGCGGCCGCCGCUUCAGCCUCAGACGACCACGAGCUGCUUCUCAACCGCUUCCUGCCCUACAGCACCUCCUCCUCCUCUUCCUCCCAGCUGUUCCUCGACCAAUCGGGAGCCUCCUCGGCCACUUCGCUGACCGCGCCGACCAACGGGGCGAGCAACUCGGGCAGCACCAGCAGCCUGGUCUCAUCCAGCAGCCUCCGUGACACUCACUCCACGCACUCGUCCUCACACUCAGGCUCACACUCCUCACACACACACCCUGGUGUGGUGGCCAGCCGGAGCAGCGCUGAAGCAGCAGUGGCAGCUAUAUAUGGCGGGAUACCUGACAUCAUAUCGUUGGACUGACUAAAGAAGAGCCGAAACUAUACUUUGGGUCCAGCUAUGAUCCAGUAACAAACUAUUUGGCUGCAGGGUAAAGUUUUGAUCCAGAAACUAGACUGGGCCCAAGUCAUCAAACAAAAAAGUUGGUGGAGUCGUAAUGACAAGACUGCCUCAAGAAGAGCACUAAUAUUAUGAUGGUUCCCUUCACCAGACUGACUUGAGAACAGUACUAAGUCAUCACUUAAAAGGGGUCAGCUGUGGGCAUUGUGUUGGUAUACUGACUUCAGAUCAGAAACCUGUCCAGCAUAUGAACCCACGUUACUGUUAGACUGGUACCAACCCGGCACAAACAGCAAAGACGCUACCUGAGCAAAAACACAAAGGAGGAAGGCUCUUUUUUUUUUUUACAAAAAUAAAGAGUGGCACCGUGUACAGAGAACAAAAUAUAUUUUCCUCUUUUACUUUUGUAUGUUAAAUCGGGACAUUUUCAGUCUAGUGAGCUGCUUCAAUCGCUGUUUUUAAGUGGAGGACUGGAGGUUGUUUCGGGGGUUUUUCUCAGAAAAGCUUAUACAUAUGCCUGUUGCCAUGUGGUUAUCCUUUUCUCUUCUCUUUUAGCUCUAACUUGCUUAAAAUUUCCAUUUUCAUUUCAAUAUAGACUUUCUUAUAGACAUUCUAUCGCUCUCUCUUUUUAUCUUUAUCUCUUGCUCAAGCUCAUUUUUUAAUUCAUGGUGUAUUAUUUCUCUAUCCAAUGACAAGAACUUUUCAGACACUGAAUUUACAGUUUAUUCAUGUACUAAUAAUUUUAUAAUGCUUUUAAGUUAUGUAUGAUAUUUAAACUGUUAUGA